CCACGCGCCCAGCCUCAGCGGCCUUUGUGGCGUCACAGCCGGCCUGAAGAAUGGUUGCCUUGGAGACAAAAACCCAAGAGCUCUGCUCCUGGAGCUGAGAACUGCCGCGCGGAGGCUUCGGAGCGAGCUGAGCGGUCGGGGCAGGUGAGGAUAUCCUUUAGAAGAGGAGGAGCCUUGCAUCAAUCCCUUGGGCCUCAGCUAGGAUGUCUGAGAUACCAUCCACUAUGGUCUCCAAGAACAUGACCAAUGACAAGAACAGUGUGGAAUCCUUGAGCAUCAGCUCUUCGUCAACCACUGAAGACAAACCAAAGGAACAUGCAAGAGAAAACAAAGAGCAUGGCCCUGACGCUUCAGCGAAUCCUUUCCACUUGUCUGGGGACAUGGAUUUCUUCUUGCUCAGAGAUCAGGAGCGGAAUAAGGCCCUCUCUGAGCGACAGCAGCAGAAGACGCUGCGAGUGCACGAGAAGAUGACCUUCUCCUCGAAAAUGUCUGCUAAGCACACCAGCCUGCGGAGGCAGCUGCAGCUGGAGGACGAGCAGGAGGACGAGCAGGCGCACACCAAGGCCAAGCAUCUGCACGCCUUCCGCGACUACACGGCCUGGAAGUUCAGCUUGACCAAAGAAAAGAACUUGGAGCCUGAGAACAUGAGCGACUACAUUAAGCAGAAGCGGCAACUGUUCCUCCUCCAGUAUGCCCUGGAUGUCAAGCGGAAAGAGAUCCAGCGGCUGGAGCUGCUGCUGACUGAGGAGGAGUCCAGGCUGGAGCGGGCCGAGAAGUCCCUGGAGAAGGACGCCAUCUUAUUUGAUGAGUUCCUCAGAGAGAACGACCACAGCUCCGUGCAGGCCAUGAAAGCGGCUGAGAAGGAGACCAAAGCAAAGAUGGAGAAGAUCCUUGAGAUCCGAGACCUCACCACCCAGAUUGUUAAUAUCAAAAGUGAGAUCUCCAGAUUUGAAGACACUCUGCAGCAAUACAAGGUCUACAAGGAUUUCCUAUACAAGCUGUCGCCCAAGGACUGGCUUGAAGAACAGGAGAAGAAACGCUUGUCUCUCAAAAAGGCCAAGGAGGUCUCCGGGGCUUCCAAGGAAGAGUGCAGUGUUAACACCAUACCAGGGGACAAAGGACCAGGGAUCAAGGGCAAGGCAAGCUUCGUGUGUCCCAAAGAGGUUCAGGGCAUAAAGAAGCCCUGGAAGUUUCUGCAGGCGAUGCCGCUGCGGCGAAACCUGUCUUUCCUGAGCAGCCCGCAGCAAGGCAGCCAGCCCAGUGAGUCCAGCGGCGGGAACUCCAGAGGGUCGAACUCUCCCGUCCCCACCUUGCAGGAGGACACCGACAGCGAUGGGGAGGAGCCACAGCUGUACUUCACGGAGCCCCAGCAGCUCCUGGAUGUCUUCAGAGAGCUGGAGGAGCAGAACCUGUCGCUGAUCCAGAACAGGCAGGAGAUGGAGGAGACACUGGACGAGCUGAGCCACACCCUGAAACAUACCCAGAUCCGCAUGGACAGGGAGGUCAACCAGCUGAAGCAGUGGGUCACCACGAUGAUGAUGUCCAUCACCAAGGAGGAGGACACAGCAGCUGAGCUGGAGCUCAAAGCCCGAGUCUUCCACUUUGGCGAGUACAGGGGAGAUCAACAGGAUAAGUUGCUAGAGAGCCUGAACCGCAAGGUGCUGGAUGUGUACCAGCACUGUGUCAGCACCCAGCAGGAGGCCAACCUGGGCACCGUGCAGAUGCUGACAAUCAUCGAGCACCAGCUGGAUGAGCUGCUAGAGAACCUGGAGCGUGUGCCUCAGGUCAAGAUCGAACAGGCCAAGAGGGCCAAGGAGAAGGAGCGGCGCAUCAGACUUCGAGAAGAGAAGCUCCAGAUGCAAAAGAUCCUGCAGGAGGAGCGUCUGCAGCGGGCCCAGGCACGUGCCCAGGCUGAGAUCAAGAAGAAGAGAGGCAGGACACUGGUAUGCCGUUCACGACCCCCGGCCCACAAGAUCAAACAAGAGUCUGAGCACAUGCUGAUGGACAAGGAGAAGGAGGAGCUGCUAUUUUUCUUUACUUAAUCUUCACAAACCACAGCUGUUCUGGCUGAAGGCUUAGCAAAGAUGUUGGCAGUGGAGGCAAAGACUGGGCUGGGUCUUGAGUGGCCCAACGAAGCCCUCUCCAUCUCCUGUGUGCUCUCCUCUUCACCUGAAUAAAUUCAUGUCUUUUUGGA